AGGGCCUCGGGCCACUCGAUCGCUGGUUUGCAGCGCCAUUGGGCUGAUUGGCGUCGUUCGGGCCCGGCUGUUGGUCAUUUGUGCUGGACUGGACUGAUAACCGUCGAGCUGGCUGGGAAAAAGUCUCAGUGACUUGACUGUGGUGAUUGUGAUUUGGCUUGCUCCGUAGUCGAGACUGCAUCGUUGCCAUAGCCUUUUUGCACCUUUUCUCCUCCAUUUGCUACUAUACUCUCUCUCCCCUCCACUCCCCUCCCCUCCCCCAUACUCUUUGUCUUUCGCUAUACUUUUGAUAUACAUUUUUUUUCGCAUUUCAUUAUACCUACCGCAACAGUCAUUUCCGUGGGCGGUGUUCUUAUCUUUGAUAUCUGGGUUCUUUUCAUCUUAGCUUUCUUUACACUCGCUCAGCACGACCAGCAACACCAUGGCGUUGCGGUUACUCGUCAACACCGGCCUUUUGGCCAUUCCGAUCGGAGGUUCGGUUGGCACACUGCUAGGUAUUGAUGCACACCGAUCAGCGACCGGACAACCACCACUCUUCACCGACGACGGCAACUCCAAUACUGGUUCAGGCUCUGGCGGCGAUAGCACUGGGGGCGGCUCCGGCGGUAGUGGCUCUACGACGAAUAACGGCGUCACCAACACUCAGUAUUGCCAGAAUUCCUACGGUAUCUCACCACCGUCGGACGGCCAGCUCUAUACUCUCAAUCCCAACCAGUGGGGCGUGACAGAUACGACUUCGGGCUCGCUAUGCAUGAAUGUCACGACGUUCAACAAUGAAACCUACGCGACCACAGACACUGCCCCAGGCUUCUCCGUGACUUGGCAAUUCGAUCCUGGCCCUUCAACCCAGCCCGUGCACGCCUACCCCAACAUCAUGGUGGACGACGUCUUCCCCAUUGAGCUGGACAAGAUGACGCAGGUCGACCUCGACCUUCACUGGACCUAUGGCGUGGGCAACACCGUCGCUGCCUCGACCGACAAGGACUCCCUCACAGCAGCAAAUCUCCAGACCAACGUUGCCAUCGAUAUGUUCUUGGACUCGGACAAAACGAAAGCAUCAAACAGCACUCUCGCAAAAUACGAAGUCAUGGUCUGGUUUGCCGAUUACGGUUCCUCCGCCCAACCUAUCGGUCUUUCUUCCGGUGCCGUUACAACAAAGACGCUAAACGGGACAACAUUCGAACUCUACACCGGAACAAACUCGGCAAAGCAAAACGUUUUAUCUUGGGUUGCUACCGAGGUAACGGAGGAAUUCACCGGCGAUCUUUACCCCCUCAUCACCGAUCUCUACACCCUGACUGGCGAUAUCUACCCAUCCAACUCGGAUUACUUGGGUAUCUUCCAAUUCGGUACCGAGGCGUUCUCAGUAGAUAAGAACGUCACCUUCUCGGUGUCCAAACUCUCGAUUGACAUCCAAAAAUAAGUCACUCGGGAAAGUGUACAUACAUUAGUUUCUUCCUUUUCUCCUCCUUCCUAAUCUUGUGCAAUAGUUUACGAUUCACCAAACCAUGACAAUAUAUACAUUACAGAAGAUUUCAAUUACUCUUGACGUUUCCUACUAAUACGACACUCUUAGAUACAAGAUUCCUGAUAUAAUCUGUCCGCGG